AGUUCUCGGGGCGGUGGGUGGCGUCGCUCGCCUGCCAUGCAGAAACGACGGAGCGACCUUCUCUAGCAUGGGCGCUGCGGGGCCGCCCAACAGCUUGCGCUUGAGCACGCGGGUGGUUUUCCAGCUCGCCCGCACAUGCAAGAGGGCUGCGCGUGCGGGGCUGUGCGGGAUGCGCCCCGAGAGAGGCCCGGCAGGCUGGCCUUUGCUGCAGCUUGGAAGGAGUCGGAGCCAGAGAACAAGCUCGAUGGAGAAACUGCAUCGGAUAGCGAGAACAAGUCGGAGGCCGCCCAGUCCUCUUCGGUCGAUGACACCCCGGAGGUCCUCAACAGAGCCCUCUCCCACCUGUCCUCAAGAUGGAAGAACUGGUGGGUAAGAGGCAUUCUUACUCUGGCCAUGAUUGUCUUUUUCUUCAUCAUAAUCUACCUGGGACCCAUGGUGUUGAUGGUGAUUGUGAUGUGCGUCCAGAUCAAAUGCUUCCAUGAGAUCAUCACCAUCGGCUACAGUGUGUAUCAUUCUUAUGAGCUGCCCUGGUUCAGGACACUUAGUUGGUACUUCCUGCUCUGUGUGAACUAUUUUUUCUACGGUGAGACAGUAACAGAUUAUUUUUUCACUCUGGUCCAGAGGGAGGAGCCCUUACGGAUUCUUAGCAAAUAUCACCGGUUCAUUUCCUUUACCCUCUAUUUAACAGGGUUUUGCAUGUUCGUGCUGAGCCUGGUCAAAAAGCAUUAUCGCCUGCAGUUCUACAUGUUUGGCUGGACCCAUGUGACUUUGCUAAUAAUUGUUACCCAGUCGCACCUCAUCAUUCACAACCUGUUUGAAGGAAUGAUCUGGUUUAUUGUCCCAAUUUCCUGUGUCAUCUGCAAUGACAUCAUGGCCUACAUGUUUGGAUUCUUCUUUGGACGCACCCCGCUGAUUAAGUUGUCCCCAAAGAAAACCUGGGAAGGGUUCAUUGGAGGAUUCUUUGCCACUGUCGUAUUUGGCCUUUUACUGUCAUAUUUGAUGUCUGGAUACAGAUGUUUCACAUGUCCAGUUGAGUUUAACAACGACACCAACAGCUUCACUGUGGACUGCGAGCCUUCGGAGCUUUUCCAGCUGCAGGAAUAUAACAUCCCCCUGGUGCUUCAGUCUGUUGUUGGCUGGAAGACCGUCCGGAUGUAUCCCUUCCAGAUCCACAGCAUCGCCCUUUCCACUUUUGCCUCCCUGAUUGGACCUUUUGGGGGUUUCUUUGCCAGUGGUUUCAAAAGAGCUUUCAAAAUCAAGGACUUUGCAAACACCAUUCCAGGGCACGGCGGCAUCAUGGAUCGAUUUGACUGUCAAUACUUGAUGGCUACCUUUGUAAAUGUAUAUAUCGCCAGCUUUAUCAGGGGCCCCAAUCCGAGCAAGCUGAUCCAGCAGCUCUUAACGCUGCGGCCUGAUCAGCAGCUGAACAUCUUCAACACGCUGAAGGCUCACCUCGCCGAUAAGGGGAUGCUUCCCGGUUCUGAGGAGGCAUAGCAGCUUGGCCGCCGGCUUGGACUGAAUACGGGCGAGCCCCCCACCCGCCAUAGGACCCCUGCCCCCCACCUUGCCUGGUCUAGCACAAUAACCAAGCCUCGCCUCUCUCGCUUUCUCCUUUCUUCCAUAUCAAAAGGGUUGCGUCGGUGGCUUUUGGGAGGACAAUUGCUGUCUGCUUCCAAGCAAACGAGAGAGGGGGAUUAGCUUGGAAGAAAUUGGGGCGCAGAGGGACAAACCUGGCCGAGUGUGUUGGAAAGCCACCUUCCCCUUCAGAGCUGCGUUUGGGCUUCUCUUCUCCUGGGGGUGGGGCGGGGGGCUCGUUUGUUUUUUUUCCCUGGGUGAGGUGGGCAGAGAGAUGGGAAAAAGGAAGCAGGCAGCAGGGGGGAAAUCAUUCUCUAGCACAGAAAAUGAAAGGGGUCUGGUUGGGUGUUGAAGUUCCUUCAUGAAUUUCAUGGGGUGGCAAACACGGUUGUGGCAUUUGACCAAACUGUCCAGCGCCAAGACUGCUGUCCAGCUUGUAGACGGGAUAAGCGGGAAGCCUCCCUCGUUUGCCUCCCCAGGAACUGCCUGGCCGUUCUUUUUGCCAGGCAGCAGUCUGCAACCUUGAUGGGUGGGAACGCGUGCCCGUUGGCCCUUUCCCCCCAAGAAAAUUGUUGGGUGGGGUUCAUUCUGCAUGGGCCAGCUCGGAGAGUGGGAAUACUGAAAAGCUGCACGGUUGCAGAACCUCCCAAACUAGUUUGUUGCAGAAGAAGUUUCUUUUCCCUUUAAAUAGAUAGUCUUAACACUGUUUUAUUGUCAGAGGGGUGGGCUUGCUCCCUAUUCCAGUUCACUCACGCAAGCAUAUUGCGUGUCAUUUGGGGGUUUUGUGGUAUUGCCAAUUCUUCCUAACAGAAAUGCAGCUAGCAAAGAGGGGCAGAUUCAAAUUGUGAAUUGUGGAAUUUUCCUCCCCAAAGUCUGAAAAGUUGACAGAACUUUUCAUUCCAAUUGAAGGGGGAUUUAUUGGAGUUUUACUUUACUGAAACUGCAAAGAGAUUGCAGCCAGGAAAUACCCCAAGAAGGCUGUUGAAAGAGAUUUUUUUUUUUAAAGUAUUGCAUAAAUCUUACUCAAUUUAAAAAUAAAUUUUAAAAAGAAUUCCAUUUUGGCAAGAAAGAAGGUACAAAGUACAGAAACAGGUGACUCCUGAAGCAGAAAACUCAGCCUCCUGAAAACUGAAAAGCAAGUUUGCCCAACUUGAUGCUUCUAGAAAAGUUGGACUGCAACUUCCAUACUCCCCAGGUAGUAGGACUACCAGUCAUGCUAGUUAAGGGUAACAGAAAUUGUAAUUCAGCCCAUCCAGGUUGGAUGAGGCUGCUUUUAAGAGCAGAGACAGACCCAGCCACGGCAUCCUGUGCAGCGUUGGCUUCGGUCUUCGUUGUUAAAGAAGUUCUUUAUCUGCUGUUUUGUCUGAUAGCAGACUCUUCACGGCCUGCUGAUGGUUGCACUGAGUCCCAGAACCUGCAUUUGGGCUGUACCAUUUCAGACUGCAGAUAGGAGCGCUCACAUGACUGAAUGCUAUUCUGCAGAAAAAUCUGCACAGAGAAGAACAGCCUGACCGUAACAUGCUUGUUUUUUCAAGCACUGGAAUAUGCAUGAAUAUCUCGUAACGGAGCAUUCAGUCGGGUUAGCUUCCUCUCUGGCCUGAAUUGGCAAUUUUUUUGGUCCAGGUGUAUCUUAGAAGUUUGCUGGAUUUGAAGUUGUGCUUCUGGAACAGCACCAUUGCUUCCCACUGAUCUAGUCUUCUCCAAACUUGGUGCCCUACAGAUGUGUGGACUUCUAGAAGCUCCGAGAAUUCUUAUCAUUGGAUGGAUGGAUGGAUGGAUGGAUGGAUGGAUGGAUGGAUGGAUGGAUGGAUGGAGAUGGCCAGUCUUGGCCACCAGUGCAACUGUUUCAGGAGUUCAAGCCUAUCUGGAAAUAAGUUUGUAAAAGGCAGUCCCUUUUGAACGUGCUUUUUGGGAGAAGGGGAGGGAAGGGCUCUUGUCCUAACAACAUGGAAAUGUCUAAGCUUGAAAGUUGUGAGUAUCACAGCAGCCUGAUCCAUUCUGAUACCCUCUUGAUGUAUAGUAACUUCAACUCUCAGAAUCCCUCAGCCAGCAUAGCCAGAGAUUGCUGGAGAGUUCUGGAAAGCAUUGCCCUAGUCUAUAUGGAGGAUACAAUCUGGAGAAAAUUGCAUUAUGCUCAGGACUUCUAACAGAACUGGACCAGCUGAGGUUAUUCGCCUGUCCUGUUUGCUCUUGGUAAUCUGGAGCUUUUAAGACAGUUGACGGCGUCAAGAAACACACUUUUCGAGCUGCAUCGCUUGAGAUUGCAGAGGUGCCGAGUGGGUUCUGGGCUUGGACACCUCCAGGAGAGAGGCAGGGUGGGUGGGAAGAGGGUCGGCUGGAGUCUCACCUGGCUCCUGUCCCUGCUCUCCCCCCGUACAUCUGCUGGCUUCCUUCCCAGCGCCCGUUCAUGAAUGACAAACUAUGCCAGAGAAGACGGAGGCCCGCUGGGCUUCAGGAUGCAUGAAGAGCCAGAUACAUCACUGCUUGGAGGGAAGGGAGGCAGAAUCACUCUGGGUGACACCAAACCCCUUGCUGUCCGGAAAAUCAGCACACACAUUAGUUUACGUCUCAAAGGAAGUUCACUUAAAUGGGUGUCUGCAGGAGCAACAAGGUAGGUUUGGCUUCUGUCCUGUUGCUCCUGUAGACACCAAUCCAGUGUUUCUCAACCUUGGCAGCUUC